AUGGAUUUCCUGAAGUCAGCUAUCGGAUCUGCCAUCGCGAAGGGCGGAGGACUCCCAUUCUCCCUCGGUGACAGAGUUGACAUCGGUGAUUCGGUCUGGGCACUGCACAACGGUACGAAACGGGAUGACGGUUCUGCGUGCAGUGUCUUCGCAUUUGAUGUCAAUGCGAAUAAGUCGCGCCUCCCUCUUGCGAAAAAUGCAGUGCGCAAGUCUAGAACCUUGCGGCAUCCUGGUGUUAUCAAGGUUUUGGAUACGAUUGAGACGGAGCACAAUCUUUAUAUUGUCACGGAACGAGUCGUGCCACUCAGCUGGCCGGUGAAGCGGAGGAGCUUGAGUGAGGAGACGGCUAAGUGGGGGUUGUAUACUGUCGCGUCUACUCUCAAAUUCAUCAACGAGGAUGCUUCCUCAGUUCACGGCGCCGUGCGCGCAUCCUCGGUGUUCAUAAGCGAGAGCGGCGAAUGGAGGCUAGGAGGUUUUGAAAUCCUGAGCUCUAUGAAGGAGGACGAUGCGAUUAUAUAUACGUACGGAAGUAGUGUACCCGAUGCCGGUCGAUACACGCCACCGGAAGUUGUCAAAACAGGCUGGGAUACUAUCAAGCGCAACCCUUUGACAGCAGUUGAUGCCUACGGGUUAGGCAUCUUGAUCUUCGAGGUUUUCAAUGGGGGUUUCUCAGGCAGCGACCAAGCUGGCAAGACGACGAACAUUCCCCCCAGCAUGCAGCAAAGCUAUAAACGUCUUUGCACCGCCAACCCGAAACUACGACUAAGCCCGGGGCACUUCGUGGACCAGGGAAUGAAGCAAGGUGGAUUCUUCCAGACACCACUCAUUCGAAUGACUGAAGAUAUCGACAGCUUGGGGCUCAAAAGUGACGCCGAACGUGAAGAAUUUAUUAAUGAGCUUGAUAAUCUUUCUGGGGACGACUUCCCUGAAGAAUUCUUCAAGAUGAAGGUGCUCCCAGAGCUACUGAAGUCCGUCGAGUUUGGGGGUGGUGGGCCUAAAGUUCUUGUGGCUACCAUGAAGAUUGGAGCAAAGCUGUCGGCAGAGGAAUUCAACGCCAAGUUGACUCCUGUUAUUGUCCGCUUAUUUGGCAAUCCCGAUCGAGCAUUGCGCGUCUGCCUCUUGGAUAUCCUGCCAUCAAUGAUCGAUAACCUUCCCCAGAGGGUUGUCAACGAUAAGAUCUUCCCUCAAAUGACUUCUGGUUUCACCGAUGUUGCUCCGGUGGUUCGAGAACAGACAGUGAAGGCUGUUCUGACUAUCAUCAACAAACUCAAUGAUAGGAUUGUCAAUGGUGAACUCUUGAAGUUCCUCGCCCGCACUGCUAAUGAUGAGCAACCUGGCAUCCGUACAAACACUACAAUCUGUCUUGGCCGGAUUGCUAAGAAUCUAAGCCAAGGCACUCGCUCUAAGGUGCUGAUUGCAGCAUUCACGAGAGCCAUCAGAGACCCCUUUGUCCAUGCUCGAAAUGCAGGACUUUUGGCUCUGUCCGCGACUAUUGAUGUAUUUAGCGAGGAAGAUUGUGCUGUUAGGAUCCUACCUGCCAUUUGCCCUGGGCUUUUAGACAAGGAAAAAUUGAUUCGCGACCAAGCAAACAAGACGUUUGAUUUGUAUGUCCAGCGGACACGGAAAUAUGCCAGCACGAUGCCAGACACCGUGAUCCCCCCCGCCGCACCUGCAGAAGUCAAACCCGAUGCGCGUGUUGGCACACCCAAUGAUAACUCCUGGGCCGGCUGGGCUAUUUCCUCAUUCACAAACAAAAUCGCAGCUGCUCACGGCGAGAUUGAACCCACCGCCAGCGCUAGCAAGCCUGUUGAUUCCGAUACUGCUCGCUCGGCGUCGGUUCCUCGUCCUGCUCAACAAUCACCCUCACCCUCAACCCCACUCGAACCACGAAAACAAGCACUCCGUCCCACAGCUCAGUCCAUGAACCGGUCAAUGUCAGAUCGCCCAGCCCCGGUAGUCCACGACGAGCCCGAAGAAGAAGGCGAUGAUGUCUUCAAUGCUUGGGGUGCUAUGGACGACGACGAAAAAGACGACGAUCCAUUCACUGCCGCUGUAGCUUCUCCCAAACCCAGUUCUCCCGUCCCGUCAUCGACAAAAGCCCCAGCGGUGCCCUACGAUGAUGGCGGCGAACCCGAUUUUGCCGGCUGGCUGGCUGCGAAGUCACAAACCAAAGCCAAAAAUCCUUUGCCAAAGGGCCUAGCCAAGGCCGCUUCUACCAAUACCGUUACCACACGGUCGACGAUAAGCAACGCCAAGUCUCGGAAUGUGGUUUCACAUAAGAAGAUUGAUACUAAACCCAAAGAUGAGGAGACCGAUGAUUGGGGAGAUGCAUGGGAGUAA